GGAGGAGGAGGAGGAAGAAGUAGUCGUAGUCGUGGUGGUUGUAGUCCAAAAUGACCGAUGCAGCGACGUCGCCAGAGGAUCAUUGGAAGACUGACAGUGCUUUCAGCGACAGCGGUUUUGACCCUAGUUUCUUUGCUGAAGCUGUAACAAAGGGUACCAUUGUGUCCAGAGCCAACAGCAUCGGCUCCACGAGUGCCUCAUCAGUCCCAAACACAGAUGAUGAAGAUAGUGAUUACAGACAUGAAACAUCAUAUAAGGACUCUUAUAAAGAUCGGCGACGACAAGCACACACGCAGGCUGAGCAGAAACGUAGGGAUGCUAUCAAGAAAGGUUAUGAUGACCUCCAGGCAAUCGUUCCAACGUGCCAACAGCAGUCUGAUUAUGCAGUGGGAGCACAGAAAAUCAGCAAAGCCACAGUCCUGCAGAAAACAAUUGAUUACAUAAAUUUUCUUCAUAAAGAGAAGAAAAAACAAGAAGAAGAAGUUUCUGUUCUAAGAAAAGAAGUGAUGGCGUUGAAGAUCAUGAAGACGAACUAUGAGCACAUAGUGAAGGCCCACCAGAACAACCCACAGCAGGGACAGGACCAGGUGUCUGACCAGGUCAAGUUCAAUGUGUUUCAGAGCAUCAUGGACUCUCUGUUCCAGUCUUUUAGUAACUCUGUGUCAGUGAGCAGUUUUCAGGAACUGUCUGCCUGCGUGUUCAGCUGGAUCGAAGAGCACUGUAAACCACAAACAUUAAGGGAGUUUGUUGUCGGCGUUCUCCGUCACCUCAAUGGUCAGCUUUACUGAGUGGAUGUAGACACCCCUGACUUUGGGCUUGCUCUGUCCUCUCCUGGUGGACUGUCAGUCUCAGGCAGUGUGCAGUAUUUACACUCAUUCAACUCAGCAGCAACUUGCCGGCUGUAAUUGCCUUACCUCAAGCCGCCUGUUCAGACGUGACGUCACAUUGGAUUGAGGUGUUAGGAUUUUUUUUUUACUCCUCCUGAUUGCAGAAUAUCUGCUGCUGACACUCCGUAUUUCUUCUGACUGCUCCAGUUUGAUGUGCACGAACUGUUUGCUAAAUUCACCAGAUAACGAAAAUGUGACUUAUCGUUGUAAAAACUAAAAGUUCUCCAGCCUGGUUCUGAGGCACCACCAGCGUGCACCUUCCCCCCCAUCUCUCUUACUCAAUUUGCAGCGUAUUCAUUCAGGUCAGACUUCCUCUCAUGUUUAAUGGGUGGCCAUAACCUGCCUCCUUUCUUUUAAUUUGUCCAGACUAUCCAAAAAGUGUUUGAUCCUGAACGAGACCACCUCUCUUUGUCCAGACUGUGGUUCAAAGCACCUUCAAUGCCUAUUCCGGUUCAAACCAAACUUAAAAAAAAAAAAAAAAGUCUGACGCAAACAAGGUCAAUGCAAAAACGCCAGAGAACUACCACUGGAAUGUCAAGUGCAGCCAAGGCUUUGGGCGGGGGUUGCCACUCAGACGUCACUGUAGUUCCAUCCAGUUGCUGUGCCGGUCCAAUUACUGAUGACAGGUUUCUGGCCACACCCUUUUCCUUUUGAUGUUCAAAAUGAAGACUGACAGUCCAGUCUGUCAGCUGACACUUGUAGUGGCUACAUUGGAGGCAACUGGCAUUGUCUAUCAACACCAUCAACAGGUUGUACCAAGGAAUAGAAAAUACUCAUCUGCUCUUCAUCACCAUUGUAAAGAUGUUCUGAUCAACCCUCAGAGCCCUAAUGAUGCUCUCCUACAUUCUGGUCAAAUUGUAUAUAAACAGAUCGUAUCUUUCCCCAGUUUUCUGGAUACGUAUGUCUCACCUUCAGAAAGCUGAGACUGUUCUGAACAUUUGGAUGUGAAACCCAUGGGCAUUACACUAAAAGUACAUUAAAAGGGGAGUUUAUUAAUGUAGUCAAAUCCAGAAAAUACCGACGGCGCUGUGGGUUAAAUUCAGGCACUGACUAUCAUGUGAAACUUGUACCAGUUGGAUAUUUAAUUUUGUUGCUUUUGUUGUUCCUCAUCCUUAAAAUCAGGGAUAUUGAUUGUAAAAAGAAUGUGCUACUAAACUGCAGUUGUUUCACUUGUGGGCAGUGUUUGCAGUAUUUGAACUUCUUGUACAUUUUUUUUUUUAAUGAAAGAAUUUCAAAUUGCAGUAGUUUGUCUUUGUUUCCUUUGGUUCCCAGUACCUCAUUAUGUCAUGUGGUGUUGUAAUUAAAGCAUCACAUGGUUUUACAAUGUGUAAAACCAUCCUGCAUCAGUCAGGUUUCUGGAGGAGAGCUGAAUAAAAACAAGCUGUCUUAUGG